AUGGAAGGCCGAUCCAGUCGUAUCGCCAUUCUUUCGGGCAUCAUAGCUAGCAACACAGCGAAGCUCGAUAAAUAUCUUUACAUUAAUAAAAUUUCUCAGCCAUCGCUGGAUGAAAAGUGCUUAGAUUCUUUGAAUCUACCCCGUGACAUCCAGGAAGCUUGCGCAGCAAUUGCUCACGAACUAGUAUCGUUGCAUUUUGUCUCAUCUAUUGAUGUCCCAUCACUCGUUCCAAUCUCAGAUUUUGCCACUUUUGCGCAGAUAGCUUCGCGGCGCAAGCCUCCUGUCAGCAAGGAAAUCGUUAAGCGUCUACUUCGACAUUCCAUAACGGGCGGAUUCUUUAAGGAGCAUGAAAAUGAAGUUGUUAGUCAUACUGCAUCGUCGAGAAUUAUGGCAGAGGACUCGAACAUAAGAGACUGGGUGAAACUCGAGGUUGACGGCGUUUGGGGCAUGGCCGAAAAUGCCUUCAGCUUAGCUGCCGGUACACCAGUUCCUUUUUAUGAAGCAACAGGUCGCAAUAUUGAAUUGACGAAAAAAUUCGGAUCUGCGCUCGUCGCAGAAGAAGCAAGAUUUGGCCUGUCUCCUAAACACCUGUUCAUGACAUACCCAUGGCUCACAAUCUCACACUCCUCCAUCAAUUGUUGA